UGAAACCUGAUCUGUCUGAAGACCGUGCGUUGCUAGUCAGUGGGUUUAUCUGAAAGCGUAUCGUCUUCCUGGGUCGCUAAUCUAAGAAUGGACUUUCUCCUCAUCCAUCAACGAAACCGGCCAAUGAAAGCGACGAUGCCGGCACAUUUAUGACGCUAAGCUUCUUUUUUUCUUCCUCCCAGUAUGCCGGACUUCGAACAUCAUUAAUGCGAUUCGAUGGAUCCAGGUAUUCCGAGAGCCCACUACAUAUGCUAGGCGAGGAAGUCUGGAGAACUUACCAUGUAACGGCCUCGGCGUUGAGCCGGUGUUCGCAGAACAAGCUGAGCGUAGAAGAAAAAUCAGGUGAUGACAGUGGUUCUGGAAUCUUGAUAAACGCGGCCGAGCGGGACUACGUUUAUUUCCUCGCUACGCCGCAAAUCUCCUAUCACAUCCCCAUUGACUGCGGCAUAAUCUGGCACAACAGGGACAUUGAAUUCUUUCGUAAUAUACCUUAACACGGAAUUUCGCGAUUCUAAUACGAUUUAUCCUAUGCAUCCUAUGGGCACGGUGUCUAAGUGAGAAUUAGGCAACGGUCCGGCAGUUCCAAGACCAUCAUACAGUCAGAAGGCCACGCUAGCUACGAUGCGCAGGGUCAUAUCUUCGGCAACUACCAGCAGUAGUUGGCGGAGUAGAGACACUACAUUGCCUAUAGGUGGUAGGACGAUGUCUACCAGUAGCUGGACUACGGCAAGCUUAUCGGAUGGCGGAAGCAAUGAGGGUCUGUUCUUUACCUCGCUUAACUCUCUUGCGCCCAUUACGAUCGUGAUGCUACACGUCUUGUUGACCUCUCAUGUUGAAUGGCAACAUUGCUGGCCCAAGCUAUCCGAAUACCAUCUUCUCAUACCCGAUUUACCGCAGCACUCGCGCUCACGCCAUAUUAAACCUUUCUCGUUUGUCGUAGCUGCUGAUCUCGUGGCCGAAAUAAUCCGGGAACAUGCUCACGACGGACGGGCACAUCUCGUUGGAUUAUCAACGGGUGGAUUUAUAGCAAUGGAAAUUAUAAAACGGCAUCCAGAUGUUGUUCUGAGCGCCUUCUUAUCGGGCGCUACUCCAGUCAACGACUUGUGGAAGAGCAUAAACUCCCAGCCGAAGCUUGCUUAUAUAGGGCUAUCGGUUCUACUACAUAGCCCGAAAAGAUGGCUGCUCAAAGCAACAGGAUGGGCUCCAGAGUUUCAAAAUGAAAACCUUGUGAAAGAAAUCAAGCGGAAUAACACAUCAGAAUUGUUCGAAGCAGGGUCUCGAGACACUGCUAAUUGGAGCAGAGAUGACAUGGUAGAAGUUGGAAAGAAGGAUAAGAGAGUCGCCCUAGUCGCUGGAGGCAAGCAGGAUAAUGUUUUGGGUAUGAGAGAAAUGGGAAAGUUGUUAGAGUCAUUAGGCACGAAUGAUGGAUCCUCUAUUGUUCGCUAAAG